CAGUGCCCCCCACCCCCCAGCCCACUGACGAUGUUGACGUGUACUUCGAGACGCCCGCUGAUGACAAGGAGCACACGCGCUUCCAGAAGGCCAAGGAGCAGCUGGAGAUCAGACACCGGAACCGCAUGGAGAGGGUGAGGAAGGAGUGGGAGGAGGCAGAGCGUCAGGCUAAGGAGCUUCCUAAGGCUGAGAGACAGACUCUGAUCCAGCACUUCCAGGCCACGGUAGAGUCCCUGGAAGAGGAGGCAGCCAGUGAAAAGCAACAGCUGGUUGAGACCCACCUGGCUCGGGUAGAGGCCAUGCUUAACGACCGCCGCCGCCUGGCGCUGGAGAACUACUUAGCCGCCCUGCAGGCUGACCCACCGAGGCCCCACCGUAUCCUGCAGGCUCUGAGGCGGUAUGUGCGUGCGGAGAACAAGGACCGUCAGCACACCAUCCGCCACUACCAACACGUACUGGCUGUUGACCCUGAGAAGGCUGCCCAGAUGAAGUCCCAGGUACACACCCUGACCCCUAACCCUGAACAGGUGAUGACCCACCUACGUGUGAUCGAGGAGAGGAUGAACCAGAGUCUGUCUCUGCUCUACAAGGUUCCCUACGUCGCUGAGGAGAUCCAGGAUGAGAUUGAUGAGUUGCUUCAGGAGCAGAGGGCAGACAUGGACCAGUUCCUGUCGUCCAUCUCAGAGUCUCAGCCGGACGUUACCGUGUCAUCAGAGGAGAGUGUGGAGCUUCCUGUCUCCGAGGGGAAACCCUACCGCCCCUUCCAGGUCACCUCCCUGGGGUCGCGACCUGAACCAGAGGGUUCAGGGAUGUACGGCCAGGACGGGCUGAUCGGAGCCGAGGAGAGGAUCAUCAACAGCAUGCCCAAGGUCAACAACAACAUGCAGGUGGUUGAUGAGACUCUGGAUGUAAAGGAAGUGAUAUACAGUGCUGAGAGAGUCAGCGUUAUGCAUGGUGAUGAGCUGGAAUCCUACCGCCCUCUGGGCGAGGACUUCAGCUUCGGGAGCUCUGCUCUGAUUGGUCUGCUGGUGAUAGCGGUGGCCAUAGCAAUGGUGAUAGUGAUCAGCCUGGUUAUUCUGAGGAAGAGACAGUACGGAACCAUCAGCCACGGCAUUGUGGAGGUUGACCCCAUGCUGACCCCAGAGGAGCGCCACCUCAGCAAGAUGCAGAACCACGGUUACGAGAACCCCACCUACAAAUACCUGGAACAGAUGCAGAUCUAGGAUUCGCUGUGGCACCAAGCAGAGAGGAGGGGGCAACAUACUACUGACCAAUAACAAAACAUACUCCUCAAAAAUCAUUUGCAUAAUUACAUCAGAUUACAAUACAUAUAUUGGAUUUGUUUUAAAACUGAUCCUUGACAAAAUCCUGCUAAAACUACUGCUACUAUUGUACUAUACAGCUCCCUUUGAAUCAUGUGGUUUCUUUUAAAAAGGAGAUGUACCUAUCUCUGUUUUAUAUAAUAUGUGAUUUAAUUAUUAAUUAUUACGAUUACUCUCUGAAGAUCAAGAUGUAUUACAUUUCUUCUGAUGUUUUUUUUUUUUAAUUUGUUGUUUUUAAAAACAUGCAACAAGGUAAAAAAACCAAGCAACGCAUGGAAGACUGUGACAACACAGCGAGGGGGACACUAACGUUUUCUUUCCCAUCGUACCAGUGUCCCCAAAUACCUUCUGACGGUUUUCUCAUAAUAACAUGUUGUUGGUGUCUUUUUCAAUAGAUUGCUUGUAUAUGAAGGUUCUUUGUACCUAAUUAAAUGAUGUAGUAAAGUAAAUGUAGUUUUACUAUAAAGUAUAGUAAAACUACAAAUGAGGAAAAAGAAUGAAAACAAAAUCAUGAAUUCAGAUACUUUCUAUUCUUUGUUAUGAUUACAAACAAAAUAUACAUAAACAGUUUAAAAUUAUAUAUAUAUAUAUAUAUAUAGUAGCUGUUUUUAUUCCACCAGGGAAGAUGUUGAGACUGUGGGAUGGUGGCUGGGCUGGGUUGGGAUGUUUUGGUACGGGCAUGAUGCGGCCAGACAGACAGACAGGAGAGUAGACAGACAGACAGGAGAGUAGACAGACAGACAGGAGAGUAGACAGACAGAGACAGGAGAGUAGACAGACAGACAGGAGAGUGUGCAGACAGGAGAGUGCACAGACCCCCAGCUGAUCUCACACAACUCAGACCAUACUUACCCCUUAUUACCCCCUGACCCAUCUCAAUGAACUGACUAGACUUACCCCUUAUUACCCCCUGACCCAUCUCAAUGAACUGACUAGACUUACCCCUUAUUACCCCCUGACCCAUCUCAAU